AUGACGCACAAUGAUCAGAUUAAGAACUUUCAUGACAUUUCGCGUCAUGUUAAACUAGAAGGUGAACGUCGAGUGGCGACCCAGAGUACUGCCUUUUUGACUCAAGGUGGGUCCAAAAAGGAUAACCAGUUCAAAGGAAAGGGUAAGACCAAGUAUGAGAAGAAGGAUGCAAAGCUUGCUCCUAAUUCUAAUAAGAUCAAGGCCCAGAGAGAGCAAGUGGCGGUGGUAUUGUGUUAUGUGAACAAAAAAGGAAAAGCAAUUGAAAAGUUUUUGGGUGUGCAACAUGUCACCUCUACAACUAGUAGCUCGCUUGAAGAGGCUAUUGAGAGAUUCUUUGCUACAACAAAUUUGAGUAUAUCCAAGUUACGAGGACAAGGCUAUGAUGGAGCUAGUAAUAUGAAGGGUGAGCUAAAUGGCCUUAAAACAAAGAUUUUGAACAAGUAUCCUCAAGCAUUUUAUGUUCAUUAUUUUGCACACCAACUUCAACUAGCUCUUGUAGCCGUUGCAAAGGGAAUUGAGGGUGUCGUCAUUUUCUUCAACAAUGCUAGUAUCUUGGUCAAUACUAUUGGAUCAUCGUGUAAGUGUCGUGAUGCAUUUAGAGAGAAACAACUAGAACAAAAUAAGAAAGCUCUUGAUGUUGGUGAUCUUGAAAUGGGUAGAGGGUUAAAUCAAAAGAGUAGUCUCAUGUGUCCUUGUGAUACACGUUGGAACUCACAUUAUGGUACUAUAGUGAGUAUUAUUGUCAUGUUUGAAGCUGUGGUGGAGGUGCUUGAAUAG